AGACCUCAAAGCUAGCCUGAGCUUGCGGAAUUAAGUUAUUCCUGUCCCGACAGUGGGACAACUUUGACAUCCAUUUCUAGCCUUUUCUCUUCAGCCUCACGCAUUCAAUCAACAACAUAUCAAGAUGGCCGACAAACUCCGCGCGCAGCAACAGCUCGAGGCGCUGCAAGCCCGCUACGUCGGAACAGGGCAUGCCGAUACGACUAAGUUCGAGUGGACUUCCAACAUCCAGCGUGACAGCUAUGCGAGUUAUGUUGGACAUCCACCGCUGCUGAGCUAUAUGGCUAUUGGUAUGGGAGAGUGUAGGGAGAAGGUUCGCGCGCAAAUGAUUGAGGUGAGUGGUUUUGGUUUACAUGAAUAGGCUUCAUGGGCCGUGGAGCAGGCGUUGUUUGGGGCAGUGAACGGGAGCUGACGAUUGCGGUAUAGAAAAUGAUACAGCCUGUUGGAAAACCACCCGAGCUGCAGGAUUGAGCUGGUUGAGAAGGGCUGGGAGAAGGAUGCUUCAGUUGGAAUGGAAAGUGAUGCAAAUGGGAGGGGAAUAGAAGGGCCCGCGACGAUUGCAUUGAAGCCCUUGAAACCAUAUGGCGCAAGAUGUCUGAUGUGGCGAAGCCAUAGACUCUCCUUGUUUGUCAAGGAUUGCAACAACGGUCAUGGAAUGGAAAUUGGCGCUGGGAGUUCUAGACAUGCGUAACAAUAAUCGAACUCUGCCUCAUUCACCUACAGCUGUGAAGCAGGCCAAAUUUGACGGAUCGUGCAAUGUCCA